AUCUGGAACGAGGACAACCGUCGAGGCGUUGAUGGAGUUCGACCCGAUAACCAGUACUUCCGAUAUUUUCCACAGGUUGUACUUGUUGGCAACAAUCGUAUUGAACUGGAACAUAUCCCAAUGCAGAUCGAAGAGGAUGGAAAGUACAAGAUGAUGAUAGCCCUGCAAAAUCUUCAAGGCGUCUUCAUUCGUGGUACCUACAAUUAUCCAGCAAGAGGAGAUGCAAUAACCAUGAGCGAGAUAUCACUGGACGUAGCCGUACCCUCGUCUCCUGAUGUGUCUGGAUCAACUGCAAUUGGCGUUGAGCAGUGUUCCAACUGCCCUCAAGGCUUCACGGGUACAUCAUGCCAAAACCCUGCUGUGGGAUACUGCAGAAAGAAACAGCGUGACUACCUGAACUCUCCGGACGAUAUGGCGCUCAUUGGCUGGUCUGAGCCGUGUGCUUGCAACGGCCACUCAAUCACCUGCCAUCCAGAAACUUGCAUCUGCACGGAUUGCGAGCACAAUACUACUGGAGAUCAUUGUGAUUUGUGCAAAAGUGGCUACAUUGGCGAUGCGAGGGAGGGCGGAGCGAAAGCAUGCACCAAGUGUGCUUGCCCACUUGUGGAAAACUCUUUUAGUGACACUUGCGUCGCAGUGGAUUACGGAAGAGGGUAUGUGUGUAACGCGUGCAAGCCCGGCUACACUGGACAGUACUGCGAGAGCUGUGUGGUGGGCUAUUUCGGUGAACCAUCGAUGCCAGGCGGAUUCUGCCAGUCGUGUGACUGCCAUCCAGACGGCUCACUGAACGGCGCUUGCAAUCCACUCACUGGCCAAUGCGAAUGUCGUGUCGGAGUGACUGGAAGAGACUGCAGUCGUUGCCAGCAUCGUCACGCUUUCAUUGGAGGAGUUUGCACCUCUUGUGAUCAAGGCUGUUAUCUACCGCUGAUGACCAUGGUUGAUGAGUUAGAGAUGACGUUGGCCAAUCAGAACUUCACUACUCUGCGCCCAAUCCCAUGGAAACGACUUUCCCGAAUCGGAAAUAACACCGAAUUGAUGUUCGAGUUCAUGAGAGGACUGGACGAAGGCGACGGCGAAGUGGGCGGAAUCGUCAGGGACAGCAAAUAUGCCAAAGAAGCGUUUGCAGUUGUUGAAGGGGUGAGCAAUAUUUUCUAG